CGGCUUUGUGGUGGCGCGCGAGGAGCUCGAGACUCGUACUGGUUGCUGCUUAUUUUUGCCCGUUCCCCUCGCCCCUGCGGAGCCGCGGUUCACUGUAUUCCCUACUUUGUCCAUCUGUGUUGGACUAGAGGUUUUCGCAACAAAUGUGACAACUUGAGAAAGAUUGGCUCAUAGACAACUCAUAUAGAGUUGUGAGCAGAUUCACAGUGGAAGCAAGAUUGAUUUACAUACUUUGAAGAUGACCCCAAAGCAUGAAAAACAGGAAUUUGUAACAGUAUUGGUACGAGAUCCCAGGUUACAGAAGGAAGAUUUUUGGCAUUCCUAUAUAGAUUAUGAAAUCUUCAUUCAUACAAAUAGUAUGUGUUUUACAAGAAAAACAUCUUGUGUGCGACGCCGUUUUCGAGAAUUUGUGUGGCUCAGACAGAAACUUCAAAGCAAUGCUGUAUUAAUACAAUUACCAGACCUUCCACCUAAAACUCCAUUUUUUAAUUCAAAUAAUUCUCAACAUGUGGACCAGCGUCGUCAAGGUUUGCAAGAAUUUCUCCAAAAGGUACUCCAGAAUCCAAUUUUGCUUUCAGACAGUAGACUUCAUUUAUUUGUACAAACACAGCUGAAUCCUGAUGAUAUUGAGGCCUGUGUAUCUGGAAAUACGAAAUAUUCUGUGGCUGAAGCAAUCCAUGACUUUGCUUGUUUGAAACGACGAUUUCCUGUAGAACAUGAAGAGAAGAAAAAAGAAAAUUAUGCCGAUUCAGAUUCUGAGAGUUCAUCCUCUGGGCUUGAACACAGUGGCGAUGAUAGCAAUUCACACAGACAUAAAGCAAGCAGAGCUCCCGAAGAACCCUGAAAUAUUAUUUGCACUCUGCCGUUCCUGGAAUGACAGGCCUAACUUGAAAGUUGCAUGUGACCUUUCCAACUACUUCUCAAAGCACGUGCUUUCUGUUUUCAAACCAGUUUUGAAAAAUAUACAGUAUAUGAAGUAGAGAUCAUGUGGGCUGGGAAUUAUAGAGAUAAUAGUCCAAGUAUUUUGCAGAUCAAGCAGGAGAAACCUGAUUUAUGUUGUUGAACAGUUAUGAAUUACAUCUGUAGAGACACCUUCAGUAUCUUAGAUUUCCUGAUGUAAUCCUUUGGGGGUCAUUAUAAGGGAGAGCAGAGAAAACCUCUGAAUGAUUUUGAAAUACGUUGGAAUAUCUGACUUCAAAAUGUACAAAUUCUAAUUUCAUUUGACAUUUUAAAUGGGCACAUAAUUCUAUCAUAUUGUACAAACCUAACAGUUCUAAAUCAUUGCUAAAUGUAAUUUUAAAAAACCUCAGUUUAUAAUGAAACGCAUUGCCAGGUAAGUAUGCGUAUGUGCUCAGCAAUACAGAAAUAAAUGACCAAAUCAGUUUUAAAUAAACAUUCUAAAGUAUCAAUUUCAUCUCAAUAAAUACUUGAACCUUGUGUGAUCAAAAUUACAGCGUAUCAAGUGCUUCAGUCAGUAUGCUUACUUGAAGUGAGUAGGUUUAAGCUUGCCUAACAAUUGUCACAAGUCAUGUAAAUAUAUAGUUCAGACUCAUAAUCCCAUUGGAAUCAAAGUACAUCAUAUUGAGGGUACCAGGUUAAGGGAACCUAGUAUGCCUUGCUUUUUGAAACUAUGUCGUAUAUCAAACCUUCUUUGCAUUAUAAAAGAAUUAUGCUAUAUUUUCAAAUUUUCUAGAUGUAACACUGAAAGAACUAGAUUUUAGCCAGAGGAGCAGGAAAUAACAAAAGAUAAUUUAAUUUUUUUAGGGAUAUGUAUGUUAAAAUAUCUAGCUGGACAACUUCGUAAACUCAAUUUAUUUUUGAAAUCCUCAAAAAUCCUAAAAUUAACUGAUUACCCAAUCCAAAAAUGUAUUUAUUAUGGAACUAAUUUUCAUAUUCUAUUCAUAUUAAGUAAUACUUUUUGAAGGUCAUGGAAUAUAUUUUCGAAGGGGGGAAAGUAGUAGUAAAUAUUUAGAGCCAACAAUCCUUUUGCUAUUGUGGUUGAACAUAAAAUAAUCUUGCAGAUCAUUAUUAUUAUUAUUAUUGAAUUGUAUACAACUGUUUAGGCCUAAUUACAAAAGAAUACCUGCUUGAAAAUGUAAGUAAAAUUACCAGUGCAGUGUUUGCUACUGUUACAGUAAAAUGAACAAAAGGCAUCCACUGAGGAAAGGAAAAAAAGACAGAAUAAAAUGGAAUAAGAUAUUGUCGCUUACUAAAAU